CAGCCAAAACUGUAUCUGUUUCAGCAUUGGCUGUGUAAUUUCUUUUGUUGCUGUUUUCGUAGCUUUCAAAUGAUUCUGUCAAUGUGCAACUCACAAAUUCAACUAAAUCAAUCAUAUUUAAAUGAAGAGCGACACGGAAGGCGGUUGCAGUGGUGUCGGCUCCUCCCUCCCCUCCACUUGUUUCUUUAAAGCGAGUGCCGGGUCUCGACGCAGUCCCACUCCAAUUCCCGUGGCCUGCUCUUGCCUUCUCGCCGGCCGCUCCUCCUUUCUCCGUUCAAUCCUCCACGGAAAAUACGGUGCCCCGACGCCGGAGGCUGCAUUAGCACCGCCGCGGCCCUACAUUUUCCUAGCUACUCGCGCUCUUCGUAAGUGGCUAUUCUGUAAAGGGCCCCCCUUCCUCCCUCGGUUUUGGGUUGGUUCGGUAACCUUUCCGGCGAUGAAGAAGGUCGCCACCAACGAGCAAGAUACCUAUAAUCUCUCGCAAAGGUACGACCUAUCAAUGCUUCUUACUCUAAUGCAAGAGGUUUAUGAGGUUGCUGAUGCUGCUGUUAAGAUAGACUGGAAUGCGCUUGUCGAGAAAACUGCAACUGGAAUUACGAAUGCCCGAGAGUACCAAAUGCUGUGGAGGUAUUUGGCCUACCGUCACCCAUUGCUUGAUAAGAUAGAAGAAGGAGCUGAACCUUUGGAUGAUGACAGUGAUCUCGAGAUAGAAUUAGAAAUUGUACCUCCUGUCAUAGAAGAAGCCUCAUGUCAGGCGAACGAGUUAGCCGAGAUUUUGUUAGGCUUAAGGGAGAAGACAGAUCUAAAUGCUCCUUUGGCUGAAAAAGGAGUUGACAAGGAGAUGCUAGACGCCGCUCCAGAUAAACAACCCCCUCAAACUAGCCAUGCUGUUGCUUCUAGCAGUCUCCAGAAGAAGCUGAGCCAGCCAACAGGAGCACCUAUCGUCAGCGGCGUUGAAUCAGGAUUGGAUGAGGCAGCAGAGGGUGUGGUUGGGGAUGUGCAGGACCUGGUCAGCAAGAAGCGGCGGCUUGGUGAUGGGGAAGAUGAGACUCCGGUUGAUUAAAAGCCACCGAAGCGAUAUGGGGCAAAUGAAGUGGUGGGGGACUUCUUGAUCCCUGAACGAUCUCUACUUGUCUGCAGUUUCAUCAUGGUUAUGUUCCCAUUUAACAUUUCUUUUGUUGCUGUUUUCUAGCCUUCAAAUGAUACUGUCAAUGUGUAACUCAGAAAUUCAACUAUUCAAUCUUUUGAAUGAGAUAAUGAAGUAAACCUCUAUUAAUUGGGGAUGAAAC